UAAUGGGUAGUUUUGUGUAGGAAUCUGCAUCUUGCAUAUACGUUGCAUUGACCACCCAUACACAGGGACUUGCACAUGGAUGGGCCUGCCUACAUGUGUCCAUGCACAUGCAGAUACGUCCAUACAUUCCUUCAAACAGUCUUGGAGGGUCAUUCAGUGGAUACAAAUGCAUUCCCUGUCUCACUCAGCCUAGGAGGGUCUUCCUAUUUUUCUCCCGUCGGUGGUGGGCUAGCACUGGGGACAGUAUACAAACUAAAUCAAUUAGAUUAAAUUUAUUGUUGAUCUUUUCUAACGUCCUUAACAACGAUUGGCAAUAUGUUUAAUUCAAGGAAGGAUUAUGCAAAAAACAGCCCCCAAAAUCUUGGCAGCCCUUGUACUCACUUUAUGAUUUCUUUUUUCAGGCUCAGAUCGCCUCCAUCAAAGGAGCUGUAGAAAAGUAAAGUUCUAAAAUCGCUCCCUUGAUCCUGACUGGAAGAAACGGAAUCCAAUAAGAUCAAAGAGUAAAGAUGGCUGAAUUUACAGGCUACAAGGAAACUUCUAAUCGCCAUCUACGCUUCAAGUUGCAGAGUCUUGGCCGUCGUCUUGAUGAACUAGAGGAAGCAACGAAAAAUCUCCAGAAAGCUGAGGAUGAGAUUCUGGAUCUCCAGGACAAAGUUAUCCAGGUAGAAGGCAGCAAUUCUAGCAUGCUGGCUGAUGUUGAAGCACUGAGAAAAAGAGUGCUGAAAAUUGAAGGCAAGGAUGAAGAAAUCAAGAAAGCUGAAGAGCUCUGUCGGCUGAUGAAAGCGAAACUAGAAGAGGAGGAAAGUCUCACCCGUGAGCUUAAAUCAGAAAUUGAACGACUUCAGAAGCGAAUGGCAGAGCUGGAAAAACUAGAGGAAGCUUUUGGCAGGAGUAAGAAUGACUGUACUCAGCUGUGCUUGAGUCUCAAUGAAGAAAAGAACCUGACCAAAAAAAUCUCUACAGAACUGGAAAUGUUUAGGGUGAAAGUAAAAGAACUUGAAACCUCUGAAGACAGGUUAGAUAAAACUGAACAGAGUUUAGUAAGUGAGUUAGAAAAACUGAAAUCUUUAGCUCUGAGCUUUGUUAAUGAAAGAAAACACUUUAAUGAAAGAGAAAAGCAGAAUGAGAAAAUAAUUCAAGAACUAACGCAAAAGCUUGAACAAAAUAACAAGCUAAACAGAGCUGAUCAAACUAGAAAUGCAUCAAAUUUGCUAGAAAGGUCAUCAAACAGUCUUCUGGAUAGAAAUGACCUGAGAAUUGAAGAUGACUUGACUUCUUCAUUGGCUUCCAAAGAAGCCAGAAGAAAGGGAAGCUUAGAUUACCGAAAGCAUGUUGAAAAUGAAACCCGAAAUAAAUCAGAAAAUCAAAAGAAUAAAAAUCAAGAAGACAAUAAAGUGAAGGACCUGAACCAAGAAAUUGAGAAAUUAAAAACUCAAAUUAAACAUUUUGAAUCUUUAGAAGAGGAACUUAAAAAAAUGAAAGCCAAAAAUAAUGACCUUCAAGACAGUUAUCUGAGUGAACAGAAUAAAAACAAGCUCUUAAUUGACCAAUUAGAAGAAAUUAAAAUGCAAAUCAAAAAACAGAAAGACCUGGAGAAUGGUGAGGUGGAAAAUGAAGAUACGAGCUUCCCUGGCAGAGUCCGACACGACAAAUCUAAAUGCAGAGGUAUCCCAGCUGAGCUAUCAGUUGCAAAACACAAGUCACGGGAGCUUUCGCCGCAGCAUAGACGUGAGAGGACACGGAACAGGGACUUCUCUUUCAAUAAUAACAAUUAUCUGCAAAGCAGCAAGCAAGUUUCCAGUCCCAGUUUAACCAGCAUGAGAGCAACAAAGGCAUCUAGUAAAUCUGCUCUAUUGGACACUGCGGUCGCCGAAACAAAAAGAGUGGAUCAACAAGACAGAUCAACAAUUGCUACAUACUUCUCCACACAGAAAGAUGUUCCACAGAGCGAAGGGAAGAAAUCAAGAGAGCAGCCCUCUGUCCUGAGUCGAUACCCCCCUGCUGCGCAUGAGCAGAAAGCUUGGAGGAUGUCUUCUAAACCUGGGAAUGAAAGUGGGCUGAAGACUAAGGUUGAAAAACUCUCUCAAACAGGUAGUGAUAUUUGCCACAGUACUUCUGUUGUGCUCAAUGAAAAACCCAACAAAGGAGAAGCAUCUGUGUUCUUGGCAGAAAAAAUUAAAAUAACUCAGUUGGAGACAUCUGAUCACUGUGUAGAGACGGUCUUUACCAAAAGUAACCAUGCACCACCCAAUGGAACAGGCUUUUCACGUAGAUGCCACCUUUCUCCCCAGCUGCCACCAGAUGAACCCAGUAGCUUGAAAGCAGAAGUAGGAGUGCCCGCUGCUUUGUCCCACAGGCCGCCCUUGGAAGGGAAAUCGAAAAGGACAAUCAGUUCCCAGGAAAAAGAAUUUGCAGACGCUUUACUUGAAAAUGCAAAGCCUUCAGUUCUCAUGAGGCACUCACACAACUCCAAAAGCCAGGAAGACAUUAUACAGAAUCUCACAGCUCUGGACAAAGAAGAAACGGACCAGAGCGCAGCCUCAAUAAGUGAUCUCACAAAUAUCGGUCUGAAAUCAGACUCCUUGAGAUCCAAAGCCGUUAAACCAACAAGCGAUGAGAAACUUUAUCCAAAUGAGGAGAUAGGCAAAAGUAUGAAAGCUAGCAGCCAGUCAGAACUAGAGCCAAGAAAAAGACCUAAUUCCCGAGAAUUUCCAAGCUCCAGACGAGUAUUUAGACCGUCUAUCUUUGAAAAUGAUAACAGUACUGGAAAUGAAGAAGAAUCCACUAAACCCAUCAAAAUACCUUCAGAUGCCACCAGCCUCGGAUUGAAAUCCAGAAGGUCAUUCAGCCCUAGAGAAGCGCUGAGAUCCAAAGCUGUUAUUAAGCCUGUAAUCGUUGAAAAGGACAUGAAAGAAGUAAUGGGAGGGGCUGGGGCUGAAACAAUCUCUGAAAAACAGAAACCUGUCUUUAAAACCAUGACAAAUAAAAUGACAAGUAGCAUUACCAUCUUCCCCUCUGAGCUGGCCGCUCCAAAAGCCACCACAAAUGAGGCAACAAAGGAAAGACAUACUUCUACUAGCAAUAUUAGGGUUGCUCCAAGCGAGCUGCCAUCGGUGACAAAUAACAUCAGCACACCUUUCGAGAUCUCACUCAGCAAGAGCGACAUUGCUUUGAAAUUAUGUGAGGCGGACAGAACAGGGGACUCGGCUCUGAGAAACAAAGCUGAAACACUCGUUUCGAGAAGCAGCAUUAUGAUAAGAUCUUCUGAAUCCAUUGAGAAGAACAACAGCGAGCUACCAGCGGAGACAGUCAGCUGGAAGAGUCACCGGUCAUUAGAAACUCUUUCACCAGAGUCAAAGCACGUCACUGUGAGAAGUGCCUGGAGGACGAGGCAGGGCAUCCAUUCUUUCGAGGACUCUCCAGCCAAAGUGGAAAAGAGAAUAACUUCCACUAUUACAAAUACGAUCAAGUCAUCGUCAGACCUCUCUCAAACGGAAGGGACCAACGAAAGGAUAAGCUCAUUUGAGCAGAACUCGAGAAGGGCCAGCGCCACUAGUAAUUCUUGCAGCACUCCAGAGUUAGGCUCUAGAAGGACCAAAAGUAGCUUAAGUGCAUCCGAGCUGCUCACGCACAGGAGCUACAUCACUGAUCCCAUGACAGCGUGGAGUCCUACUGCAUUACCGGAGGAGAAUAAAGAUCUUAUACGCAGUUCCAGAGGAAAACAAUAUGGCUCGUCUGAGCAGCUGUCUCAAGCUGACACUCCAGGGAGAAGGCCAGCCUCCAAGACAGAUCUGCAACAGGAUGCAGAUCUUCAAGCACAGACAGGCAGUAAGACAGAGGAACAGGGUAUUUCUCGUUCCUGCCGGAUGACCUCUAGGAGAUGAACUUCAUUUCUUUCCACCAAACAACCACUCCAUUUCGUAGGGCAAGAAACAGGAUGUUACCAGCUGCAUGGAUGUCAUUCCUGGCCUGUAGACUCCUCAUAGUGAGCCUGGAACCUGUUUUCUAAUGUGAUUUGUGCGGGACAGAAGUUUUACCAGCGAAAUUUCCUGUGCUGCCAGGGAGGAUGCUACAGAGACUUCACUCAGGGGAAUCCCACUUUGUCUCUGUGCCCAAGACUGGAAUUGUCUCUGUGGGACUACAGCCCUGUCUCCAUAGGGAAACCCUUUUGGGUGGAUAACCAUUGCUUCUACACCAAGCUGUGGUACCUGCAGGAACUCAAGCAAACUCUCCUUACCCACUUCUAUUUAGAAAAAGAUGCCAGAGCCACCCCAGCAACCACAAUGUAGCUGCUCUUCACAGCAGUGCAACACAUCUGGAUUUCUACAAAUCUCGGCUUCCUCCAGGUGUGCAAGAGUUGGAGUUUGCAUUAUUUGUGAUCUGCCUUUGCUAUUGCUCCACCUCUCCAAAGACAGAUUACAGUGAAGCCAAGACAUGAGGCUGGGCUACAGUCAGACCUUGCACCAGAAAAAGCAUGUGACCUCCCAAUCCUCUUAAUUGAUAUUUAGAAGGAAACACUUUUCCCCAGAUCACAUCACUCAAAUGUUGUAAACUGCUGUGCUGGGCAGGAGCAAGAAGAAUAUUGCUUAAAAGUAGCUUCUUCCCCAUCCCUCCUGCACCUGCUGCGACAGUCACUGCAUAACUCAAGAUCCACAUUUCAUUGGCCAGGUUU